GAAACACAACAUCUUCUCAGCUCCAAGAAAAGAACAUACCUCAUACAAUCAACUGCCGAGGAGGCAAGAAUGAAGUGGAGUAUGUUUUUUUGUGUUUUUCUGCUAUGUUUUCUUGCUAAUAAUCUCAGUGAUGCCAGAGUCAUUCCUGAAGGAGUACCCUAUGAAAAUCCCCCGGCUGUUCCCUACUGGUCAUAUUCCACCUCAGAUUUCUGGAACUAUGUGGAAUAUUUCCGCAGCAUUGGGGCCUACGACCAGAUCAAUCAACUGGCCAGAACUUUCUUCGCCCAUCAGCAUCUGGGAGACACCCUGGGUUAUGAAGUGGCUGAGCAGCAUGAACAUUAAAAGUGUCACUGUAUAACUACUAAACACCAUUUACAGACCUAUAAUGAUGAAUAUUGUGCCCUAUCCUUAAACAUAUUACUAUAAACAUGUAUAAACCUGUUAAUGGUUCAUUGUAGUGUGUUUAACUGCUUAGUAUUGCAUGAUUGAGUUGUUGACAAAUGCAGUAACAAAUGUAUGGAAUAAAACCAUAAAUGUAAAUCUGAUGUGAUAAUAUUACUUUAACACCAACACUAUAGUAAACUAACAAUCAUGAGGACCAGUUCUCCAACCGGGCCAGUGGGACCCGUUUUCGAGCCGGUCACAUUUUGACGUUACACAAUUAAUGAGUCGAUUUGGGAAAUCGAUUCAUUAGAGCAAUUUGUUCUAAAGAAUCGGAUCCUGUCUUUGAAACAUUGAACUAAAUAAAAAAUAUUCAGCC